GGCUUUGUGUACUACAUGAUAUGAUCUACGAAGCUCGUCAACUGAGUUGCUAAUAAUAAGCGGCUAGAACAUACGGUGAGUAUCUGACUAGACCGUCUGAACAGAAUAUCAAAACCGCGAGAAAGCCUAAACAAAAGACAUUCUAGUCAGCGAAGCACCCAGCAACAAGAUCAUUUCUACCACUAUGCACCGAGUAUUCUACAUUUUACUCGUUUUGUUCUUUGGGCCUUCAAGAACCACAUCUCAGCUACCGCCACAGUGCUUCAAACCAUCGGGAUCAUCUUGCGAUUGGUAUCGUGACUGCUUGGACAAGAAGUAUCCAUGUGAAGCCUCGGGUUAUCCUUACGCCUUGGCUUACGCGGACAAGUUCUGCAAGUUGUACGACACAAGGAAGAGUCUGUUCUCUCCAGAAGAGUGGAAAUGGGUUAGCGGUGUGCGAAAGUGUCUCCAAGAAGCUCUUGUGCCUGUCCUUCGACAAACUACCAAAGCGACGUGCAAGGAGAUCAGGAAGAAAGGUUUUGAAUCUCACGCACCGUGCUACCUCAAGCCGGACAAGAAUAUCCCGUCCAUCUGUGAUCUCGGCUGUGAUGUAUAUUUCAAAGUCUUCAAGGUAAUCAAAGGAUCGUUUACGAGCUUUAACACCGCUUGGGAAGUGAUAAAAGCUAUGUGGUUCAUUGCCAAGAAGUGUGGAUUCACUUGUAGCCUUAUGACCUUGAGAUAAGAAUUACGCUAAUAACAUCAAAUAAAUAUAGAUGGUUUCAAUAUA